GACUGCUGCGUUCCCUCACUGCUCCCCUGCCAUUUCUCUUGUCCCUGCAGGCUCCAGCUCAACUUGUGCCUUCCAGCCGUGAUCAGCCCAGCCCGCAGGAGAGCAGCAAAUGGCCACAGCACCUCCAUCUCAGGAGCCCGUGAGCUUUGCGGAGGUGGCCGUGUAUUUCAGCAGGGAGGAGUGGGCGCUGCUGGACCCUGCGCAGCGAGCGCUGUACCGGGACGUGAUGCUGGAGACGUACCAGUGCGUGGCCUCGCUGGCUCCACUUCCAGCCCCCAAACCUAUGCUGAUCUCCCUGCUUGAAGGAGGGGAAGAGCCCUGGAUCCCAGAUGUGCGUAGCCCUGAGGCCGUGCCAGGAGACCUCAGCCCGGGAAGUGGGAUUACAGCUAUGUUGGAGGAUCUGCAGGAGAGUGGUGUGGCCAAAAGGGAGCGGGGUCACAUUUCCAUUGAAAAAGUCAGAAGGGAUGACCAAGGAGGGCUGGAGCAAGUAUUAUAUUUCCUCACUCAAAGAAUGUGA